AUGAUCAAGAAUAAGCAAGUUCAGGAUGGUCAAGAGGAGAGAAUUCUUGUUUUUGAUCUUGGUGGUGGUACUUACGAUGUAAGUAUUCUUGACUUCAGCUAUGAUACUGUUAAUCCCAUUGGUCAGGUACGUGCUAUUGAUGGCGAUAACUUCCUUGGUGGAUCAGAUUGGGAUAGAAUCAUUAUUGAGAUUGCUAAGGCUAGAUUCAAGAAGGAUAAUGGCGGAAUGGAUCCUGAUGAGGGUGUUUCACAUGAGGAAAAACUCAAAAAUGAUCUCAGGUUACGUCAAGAAGCUAUUAAGGUUAAGACAUCUCUUUCCACUAAUAUGAAGGCUACAUUCAAUCUUCCAUGCUAUCGUGGAACUAAGGAUCUUGUAUUUGACAUUACCAGAGUUGAGUUUGAAAGAGCCUCUAGGACACUCUUUGAGAGAUUGAAGGAGAAGAUUAAGGGUGUAUUGCUUUCGCUCGAGGGAAUAACUCCUGUGUAUUUUGAUGAUGGAAGGCUUGAUGAGGCAUCCACUAUUAGGAAUACCCCAUCGGCCAGGAAUCAGGACCUGAACAAGUUAAUUGAAAAUGCCAAACAGACUAUCAAUAGAGUAAUUAUGGUUGGUGGAUCUUCAAGAAUUCCAAAAGUAAAGAGCGUACUAGAAGACUUCUUCAAUGAGACUGCGGAUACUCCUGCUGUUUCUAAGAAGGUUGUUUCCCCGUUGAAUCCUGAUGAGGCUGUUGCUUAUGGUGCUGGAUACUUUGCUAAUGCUACAUGUCCUGAUGUUGAUGAUUCAUCUACUGGACCUAAGCUUUUGCUUAUUGACCAAGUGCCUCUUAAUCUCAACAUUGAAACACUUGGUGGAGUAGCUACGCCGCUUAUCACUGCACGUACUCCCAUCCCAGCUAAACAGACUCAAGUUUUCUCAACUGCUGCAGACAACCAAACUUCAGUUGAAAUUGUCAUUACCCAGGGUAACAGAUCACAGAGUGCUGACAACUAUCUUGUUGGCAGGUUUGUUCUUUCUGGAAUCACACCUGCACCCAAGGGAGUGCCUCAGAUUGAGAUCACCUUCGAGGUAGAUGCUAAUAACGUUCUUAAGGUUACUGCAGUUGAUAAGAGCACAGGCAAUAAGCAAUGCUUCGUCAAGAAUAUGUCACAGCACUUGUCUGAUAGUGAUAUUGAAAGAAUGAAGAAGGAGGCUGAAGAGCACUCAGAAAAGGAUGCAAUUUUCCGUGAAGGAUCAACCUCAGAACCCAAUUUGAAGCUCAAAUCUAUUCAUUCCAGGAUAAUCUUGAGUCAAUGA